UAGAAAUAACAAACACCCUGUAUUUUAGCUUUCGCUUCUUAUGCAUCGGGGUGGUUUGCACCUGAACCAAAUUAAACAAACUCCUCAUACAGUCCUCACUGAGAAUAAUGAAAUUUCAGCUGAACGUAGUUGGACCCACAGGAAACGACAAGAUCGUCAAUCUGUGCGACACUGAGGAGGAGAUGAAGCUUUUCACUGUGGAGCAACUAAAAACGGAAAUUACUGAACAACUAGACAUCGAUGAGGACAUCCGAAUGGUCUACGGAAACAAGCAGCUGGAGGAGUCAUCCCUGCUGAUCUCCUACGGGAUCCAACACCUUUCCACCAUCCACACCGUGGUGAAGCUGCCCGGAGGCGUCUGACGCGAUGAAGAAGCAGAAAAAAACCAAACAUCUGAGAUUCUGAACUACUCUGCCACGAUCCAACCAAAAAUCAUAAAACAUUGCAUUUUAAUGCUGUCCUUGUAGAUGCACUUUAUCAUAUGCCUGAAUAAAUGUCCUAAACAUACUGACGUAUUUCACAGAAUUUUAUUUUUGAGGGGUAGUCCUUUAUACCCUUUUAUUUUAUUUAU